CUGGCUUGGCCGAGUACCCGCUGUCAAAGCGCGUGUGUAACUCGGUGACAUCCACCCAACGCGUACAAAGGUCACUUAGACAGUCACGCAACACUUGAGCCUCAACGGCCGGGCCAACUGCAGUUGUCGUGACCCGGCCGAACCCUGUCCAGAGCUUCUCCCCUUCUCGCUCACGGAAUGGCAUUCCUUGCCGAGUUUGGGGCUCUCACAGACGAGCUCGUCACCGUCAUCACAUCGACCUCGCCGACUUCUCAUCCUCACAAGUUCAGUGCCUUUCGCGAGUCUGCCCUUCGCAGCCUCCGAAAUCGCAAUUACCUGCAGACAAAUCAUUUUGCGGUUGAGGACCAGCUCCGCGGCCUCGUCGAGCGCUUCUCCGUUGUCGGCCGUGAUGUGCUCUCGGACGCUUUGAGGCAGAGACUGGACUCUCUGUCCACCAAGACUACCAGAUUCACCCCUGAGAUCUUACAUCUGUUCCUCGAGUUGUCUGAUAGGCCCGCACAGAAGACGUCACUCGACGCCUUGGAACGCCUACGCCCUCCGGACCCACACUCGGGCCAGCAACUGCGGUGGGAGGACAUUGCCAGGGAGGAUGGCUGGGCCCAGGACCGCGGUCUCUGGAACAACGUCGACUUUGCCGACAGCUCAGAAGACGACGUCGUGCAAGACUCUCAGUCACAGGCUUCGGACGAGUCGUCAGACACCUCCAUAUCUAGUGCCACCCAAGGCAGGAGGUCCGCCAAGCAUCUCAUCCUGCCACAAGACCACCCUGAUUCUGCGCUCGAAGCCGUCGGGAAGUCCCAAAAAUGGCGGCAUGCUGCUCUUCCAAGGGAUGAUUCAGGGCGACCGCUGAAGAUUCCAAUCUCUGAGCUUCAGAUCCUGCGUGAAGUCCUAUUCAUGCUCAAUGGGCUCCCGUCAGAUUUGUUCUCUGCAGACUGCACGCCAAUACCCAAGUUCCAGCUAGCAGAUAUAUUAUGGGAUACAUAUAGAGCAUUGAUCAACUCUUUCGCCGAAUCUGGUCGGACCCUGCUUCCUCUGCGCAAGUUUUGCGAGACGGUACAGCUCAUACCGAUGGUCCAGGCCUUCCAGGACUCUGUAUCCCAACGGCUAAGGCUGUUUGAUCGCGAAAUCGCCCUAAUACAGCACCGUUUUGUCGACAUCAGACAUGACACCGUCGUCAGUCUGAUUGCUCUUCAGCAAGAGCUUCGCCCACACCUGACUCCCCUGAAUGCACUAGGCCACGUGGUUCGUCAACUACAGGACGAGCGCUUUGCCCAUGCUUUCCGCUGCCUUGAGCUGCUAUAUGACGCGACCUGUGUUGCUCAACUCAGCGGGGACAUACUUACAUACAGCUUCCUGGGUGCCAUCUUCUUCGAGUGCUUCAGAGUGUACACCAUCCCCAUAAGGCGGUGGAUGGAGGAGGGCCAUCUGACGCCAGGGGACAAGACAUUCUUUGUUGCAGAGUGUGAAAGCCCAGUCCCUUUGCACCAGAUCUGGAGUCACAAGUUCGAACUUCGGCGGACCCCUGACAACCAGUUGCACGCACCAAAUUUCUUGCAGUCCGCCCUGAGAAAAGUCUUCAAUACGGGAAAGAGCGUGGUCGUCCUCAAGCAGCUUGGCCGCUUCCGCAGCGCCGCAGACCAUCCAGCGAACCGUACGCCGGAGCCUCCAUUGGAUUUCGAGUCCAUAUGUGGCUCGCCAGAUCUCACCCUAGCGCCCUUCUCGGAGCUAUUCAGUGAUGCAUUCGACGUAUGGAUUCAAAGUAGAUAUCUUUCGACCGCGUCAAACCUCCAGGAGGUACUAUUUGAAUCCUGCGGGUUGUGGUCUAGCUUCGAUGCCCUACAACACGUUUACUUCAUGUCAGACGGUUCCAUGUCCGAAAUAUUCGCAUCAGCUAUCUGCUCGAGCUUGGACGCACUCAAUACCGCCUGGACAGACCGCUUCAGUCUCACAGAAGUUGCUCAGGAGGCGUGGUCUCAAUGUUCGGGGCUGGAGCCAUACCGUCUUUCAGCUGCUGUGGACCCUGAACACAUUUUCCACGCCGACCCUGGCAAGGCCAGGUGUAGUGUCAGAAACAGCUUGCCUGGGGUUCGGCUCUCCUACAGGCUCGCUUGGCCCGUCCGGCUGGUCAUCACGGCAGAAAGCAUCGCCGGCUACCAAGCCAUCUUCACACUGCUCUUGCAGAUCCGACGCGUAGCUGCGAUAUUGAACAAGCUCUUCACCAGCUGCAGGAGCCAUGACGAGACGGGCGAGCAGCUAGCCUUCUACAGCCUCCGCUCGCGCCUGCUGUGGUUCACAAACAUCCUCCAGACCUACCUGGCCAACCUUGUCCUGGCGCCCAACAUAGACCGCAUGCGGUGCGACGUCCAGAACGCCGAGGACGUCGACGCCAUGAUCGAGAUCCACUCGGCCUUCUCGCGGCGCAUCACGGAGGAGGCCUUCCUCGGCGCCAAGCUCGCGCCCAUCAAGGAGUGCAUGCUCGACGUCCUGGACCUGGCCAUCAGGCUCGAGGACGCGAGGCGCGCCGAGGAGGAGCGCGCAUCGGACGGGCACAAGUAUCUCGCCACGCCCAGCCGCCCCGGCGCGGGUGGAGGCCCCGUCGGGGGCGAGAGGACGACGCCCAGGCUCGGCGUGUAUGUCAGCCCCAAGGAGAAGGAGCGGGAGGAGGACAACACCAUCCUCUUCGGGGACGGGGACCUGGACGAGGACUUUGGCGUCCAGGACAAGGUCGACACCCCGAGGCAGAGGCAGAGACAGCAGCCGCAGAGACAGACUUAUGCCGAGGUCCUGGUGGCCAUCCGCGCCGACUUUGACCGGCACCUGCGCUUCAUCGCGGGCGGUCUGCGUGGCGUGGCGAGGGCUUCAGUGGAUGCGGCGGCCCCGAAGUGGGAUAUCCUCGCUGAGAUGCUGGAGAUAGGCAACCCUGCACCGCUUUAUCAGUGAUAUGAGCUUUUCCCGUGUGUCUGCUACGUGGCAACAGCAUCUCUUCACCUAAGUUCUCAAGAUGUGUACUCCGCGAUGUUCAGGGGGCAUACCCAAUACCCUCAUGUGGGAUGGCCUGGUGGUAUAGACUAGCUUCUGCAAAGGAUAUCUCAUUGAAUAGCACUGCGGAUGGGACAAUCCCCAGUGGAACAACUUUUAAUGAGAUGACCACAUAUUGAUUGACCUCCUUCGGUAUGGACGAUUAUACGGUAUCUCAUGGCCAAGGGCUCAGGGACAUUCUUAUGACCUCUUGAAUUGACG